AAAACCAAGAAAUUUAGUACUCAUUCUGUUCAUUUCACCUUAUAGUUUACUCCUUUUGAAUUGAAACAAAAUAGUACAAAAGAGCUUUAAGUGAUUACCGUUCAAAUUUGAUUUUUCAACAUCUUUGUAUUUCUUUUGUUAAAAAAAAAAGGAAAAAAAAACUUCUGUAUCUUUCUGUACUUUUGAUUAUUAUCGUAGAUUUUUGUUAAUUUCCCAUUCAUACAGAAAAAGAAAAAAAAAAAAAAAACAGUGAAGGAAAGUUAUCUGGCACUCAUCUGUUCAUUGCAAAGUUUGGAGUUUCUAGAACAAGUGCUUAGAGAUCUUACUUUUAGAAUUCAUUUUGCAUCAGUCUUGUGGAAAGCACCAUCCUUUCAUUCAUAUCCAGACGGACUCAAGCCACAAGAACGAGGAGAAGAAAAGAGAAUCAAUGGAUUAUCUAAUUUCUACUGUUGAAAAAGUUUCUGGUUAUGCCUUUGAGCUUAUUAGACGUCAAGCAAGUUACUUAAUAUUUUAUAAACGCAAUUUCGAUACGUUAGAGACUAAUGUUGAAGGCCUUAAGAAUGAACGAGAAAGAAUCCUCCAUUUGAUUGAUGAAGAAAGGCGAAAUGGUAAACUAAUCGAGAGAGAUGUGGAGAACUGGUUGGAGAAAGUGAACGAGGUUAUUGAAAGGGCAAAUAAACUUCAAAAUGAUCCUCGUCGUGCCAAUGUCAGGUGCUUUACCAAUUUGAUUUUGCGUCAUAAACUAAGUAGAAAUGCCACAAAAAUUGAUAAAGAUGUUCAAGCUCAAGAAAAAGGGAAGUUUGAUCGAGUUGGUUACCGUCCCCCCUUAGAUGAUGACAUAGCAGCCACCUCUUCUUCUACAGAAGAUUGUGAAAACUACGAGACAAGGAAGUCACUUAAGAAUGAUAUUGUGAAAGCUCUAGGAGAUCUUAGUUCAUGCAACAUUGGGGUCUAUGGUUUGGGUGGGGUGGGUAAGACCACUCUGGUUGAAGAACUUAUUAAGCUAAUAGCAAACCAACAUAAGUUGUUCCAUAAAGUGGUUAUAACACAUGUAUCCAAAAAUCCAGACAUUAAAACAAUUCAAGGGGAGAUUGCGGAUUUGUUGGGUUUACAAUUUAAUGAGGAGACUAUUCUUGGCAGAGCACAUCGCCUAAGACAAAGAAUUAAGAUGGAGAAAAGUAUCCUUGUCAUUCUAGAUGAUAUAUGGACCGUGCUUGAUUUGAAGAAAGUGGGAAUCCCAUUUGGUAAUGAACAUAAUGGAUGCAAAUUAUUGAUGACAUGUAGAAAUCAAGAUGUUUUGCUACAAAUGGAUGUUCCAAAGGAUUUCACUUUUAAACUUGAACUUAUGAGUGAAAACGAGACAUGGAGCUUGUUUCAGCUUGAGGUUGGGGAUGUGAUUAAAGAUCACAAUUUGAAAGAUACAGCAUAUCAAAUUGCCCAAAAAUGUGAAGGUUUACCUCUUAUGGUAGUGACAGUGGCACGUGCAAUGAGAAAUAAGAGGGAUGUCCAAUCUUGGGAAUAUGCAUUAACAAAAUUACAAAGUAAUGAUGAUAAUAAUGAUGGUAUAGGGAUGGAACCAAAGACUUAUUCUGCUUUGGAACUAAGUUAUGAAUCAUUGGAAAGUGAUGAAAUGAGGGAUCUCUUCUUACUUUUUGCAUUACUAUUAGGUAAUGAUGCAAAGUACUUUCUGCAACUUGCAAAGGGUUUAGGCAUGUUAAAGCAUUCUAAUACCAUGGCUGAUGCAAGAAAUAAACUUCACACAAUAAUCAAAUCUUUGGAGGCGACUUGUUUGCUUGAAGUUAAAACAGGAGGAAAGAUCCAAAUGCACGACUUCGUUCGUGAUUUUGCUACCUCUAAAGCACGCAGGGACAAACAUGUAUUUAUAAGAAAACAAUCAAAUGAUGAUUGGGCAACCAAGGAUUUUUUAAAAAGGUGCACGCAGAUGGUCGUAGAUACCAUUCCUACCGACAUGUUUCCUCAAACGUUUGAUUGCCCAAACAUCAAGUUUUUCUGUUUGACAUGUUUGAACCGUUCUUUAGAAGUCCCUGAUAAUUUUUUUGAGCAUAUGGGAAGCCUUACGGUGCUAGAUUUAACACGCUUUAACUUUUCUUCAUUACCCAUCUCAUUUUGGUUCCUAACAAACCUUCAAACAUUGUGUUUGGAUUCUUGCAUUUUGGAAAAUAUGGAUGCUAUAGAAGGUUUAAAAAAUUUACAAAUUCUUCGCAUCUGGAAAUCUUCAAUGAUUAAGUUGCCAAGUGCAAUAGGGAAAUUAACUCAAUUGAGAAUGCUUGAUUUGAGUGAUUCAGGAAUAGAAGUAUUCCCAUCCAACAUCUUAUCUAGCUUGAUUAAACUAGAAGAGUUGUACAUGGGCAAUACCUCUAUUAAUUGGGAAGAUGUGAAUUCAAUGGUUAAAAAUGAAAAAGUUAGCAUUGCUGAACUUCAUAAACUACCCAACUUAACUUCUCUAGAAUUACAAAUUCGUGAGACUUGCAUGUUGCCAAGGAACAUGCGAUUGAUGUUUGAGAAGCUGAAACGCUUUAAAAUAGCUAUUGGAGAUGUAUGGGAAUGGGCUGACAUUAAGGAUGAAACCUUAAAAACAUUGAUGCUCAAACUUGAUACUAACAUACAUUUGCAGUACGAAAUUAAAGCAUUGAUUAAAGGUGUUGAGAAUUUGUACUUGGAUGAUGUUGAUGGAAUUCAAAAUUUGCUUUAUAACCUAAGUGCGGACGGAUUUCCUUUGCUGAAACAUCUCCUCGUCCAAAAUAAUGCAAACAUGAAGCACAUUGUUAACUCAAAAGAGAGAAAUCAAAUCCAUGUGUCCUUUCCCAUCUUGGAAACACUAGUACUUCACAAUCUUAAAAACUUGGAGCAUAUAUGUCAUGGUCCACUUUCAAUUACUUCUUUUGGAAGUCUUAGUGUUAUCAAAGUCAAAAAUUGUGUCCAAUUGAAAUAUCUUUUCUCCUUUACAAUGGCUAAAGGACUUCCCAAACUUUCUAAGAUUGAAGUUUUUCAUUGCAAUUCGAUGAAAGAGAUAGUGCUCGGAGACAACAAUUCAAGUGCAAAUAAUGAUAUAACCAACGAAAAAAUUGAGUUUCCUCUAUUAUGUUCUUUGACUUUAGAAUAUUUGGAGACACUUGAUAAUUUCUUCUCUUGUUAUUUGACACAUUCCAAAACUAAGCAAAAUCAUCAAGGCUUGGAGCCUUAUGUUUCUACACCAUUUUUCAAUGCCCAGGUUGCUUUUCCUAAUUUGCAUACUCUUAAAUUGAGCUCACUUCUCAAUUUGAGUAAAAUUUGGGAUGACAACAAUCAUUCUAUGUACAACUUGACUAGUUUGAUUGUGGAUAAUUGUGUUGGAUUGAAAUACUUAUUCUCCUCCUCUUUAGUUGCAAGUUUUAAGAACCUCACAAACCUUGAAAUAAGUAAUUGUCCUGUGAUGGAGGAGAUAAUAUCUAAAGAUGAGAGGGACAUUGCAUUGAAAGAGGUUCAUUUUUGCAAAUUAGAGAAAAUCAUAUUGAAGAGCAUGGACAAGUUGAAGACAAUAUGGCACCAUGAAUUUGAAACAUUGAAGAUGUUGCAAGUGAACAAGUGUAGUAAGAUUGUGGUGGUUUUUCCCUCUUCAAUGCAAAAAUCAUAUAAUAAGCUAGAGAUGUUGGAGGUUACAGAUUGUGGUUUAGUGGAAGAAAUAUUUGAAUUGAUCCGCUUCAAAGAAAGUAGCAGCAUAGAAGAAGAUACAACAACCCAUUUAAAAGAAAUUAGUAUAGAUGAAUUGCCAAAGCUAAAAAAGAUAUGGAGUGUGGAUCCUCAAGGAAUUCUUAGUUUUCAAAAUCUAAUGAAUGUACAAGUAAAUAGUUGUGCUAGCUUGGAAUAUCUAUUACCACUUUCAGUAGCCAUUCAUUGUUCACUUCUCAGCAAACUUGAUAUAAAAUAUUGUGGAAACAUGAAGGAAAUUGUUGCGGAGGAGAAAGAAUCUAGCAGCGUGAAUGCAUCUCCUAUAUUUGAGUUUAAUCAACUGAGUACUUUAAUACUUUGCAACUUAUUUAGACUCAAGGGUUUCUUUGCUAAAAACCAUACCCUAGCAUGUCCAUCAUUGAAUAUAAUUGAUGUUUACAGUUGUCCAAAGUUGAUCUUGUAUAGAACUCUGUCUACAAGAAGCUCCAAAAAUAUUCGAGAUGACAAAGUCUCUGUUUCAACGCAACAACCACUUUUCAUUGUCGAAGAGGUGAUUCCAAAUUUGGAGGAAUGGACAAUAGAUGGUGAGGAAGCUAACAUGAUAUUGCAAGUCCAAAAUUCAAGUGGCCUAUUCACAAAAAUAACAUCUCUUGAGUUGUGUUAUUUUAGGAAUGACGAUACAGUAUUAUUUCAUCAUUCCUUACUUGAAAAUGUGCCCAAUCUUGAGUCACUAUUUGUUACACAAUGUUACUUCAAGAAGAUAUUCCAAGAUGAAGGGAGGACUCACACACAAAUCAAAGUGUUGUCAUUAAGUUCAUUACCUAACCUCGAACAUAUUUGCAAGGGAGGAUCCCAAAUUGAGUUCCUUCAAUUCUUAUGGGUUAACAACUGUUCUAGUUUGAUAAAUUUAUUGCCCUACUCUGCCACCUUCAGUCAUCUGGUACAUAUGGAGAUAAUAUGUUGCAAUGGGUUAAAAUAUUUAUUGACAUCUCCAACAACGACUCAAAGUUUGGUCAAACUCUCCACACUGAAGAUAAAAGAAUGUAAUUCACUUGAAGAAAUAAUAGUUACUGGAGGAGAGGAAAACAUUCACAUUACAUUUAUUAGUUUAAAAAUAUUGAUGUUGGAAUGUUUGCCUAGCCUCAACAGAUUUGGCUCUAGUAAGUGCUUCUUCAAAUUUCCGUUGCUGGAAGUAGUAGUUGUGAGAGAAUGUCCUCGCAUGAAUGUUUUUUCUGAAGGAUAUACAAGUACACCAUAUCUUCAAAAAGUUCAAAUUGCAGAAAAUGAUCAACAGUGGUUUUGGAGGGGAAACCUAAAUGAUACAAUAAGCAACAUGUUUGAAGAUAAGGUUGCAUUUUCUAUGUUCAAAUAUUUGGCCUUAUCCGACUACCCUGAGUUGAAGGAUUUGUGGUAUGGUGAACUCGAUCGAAAUGUAUUUUGCAAUUUGAAACAUCUAGUGGUGAAGAAAUGUGAUUUUUUAUCACAUGUACUUUUUCCAUCAAAUGUAAUGCAAGUGCUGUAUGGAUUGGAAGAACUUGAAGUAACAGAUUGUGAUUCAUUAGAAGCUGUGUUUGAUGUGGAAGGUAUGAAGUCUAAAGACACAUUGGUAAAAAAACAAAGCACCCAAUUGAAAAAAUUGACUUUGUCUAGUUUACCAAAAUUGAAGCACAUAUGGAAUGAGGAUCCUCAUGAAAUUAUAAACUUUGGAAACUUAUGCACGCUGAAAGUUUCUACUUGCCAAAGUUUGUCAUAUAUAUUUUCAUUGCCACUGUGUGAAGAUCUUCAACAUCUUGAAAUGCUUCAGAUAGAGCUUUGUGAAAUUGAGCAAAUUGUAGCAAUGGAAGAAGGAUCAAUGGUACAUAGCUUUAAUUUUCCUAAAUUGAUUGAAUUGAAACUGUUUAAUUUGACAAAGCUUACGAGCUUCUAUCGUGGAAAGUAUACUUUAGACUGCCCUUCAUUAAAGGAUUUGGAUGUAUUUCGCUGUGGUGCCUUCAACCAUUUGGACUUGUUUUCUAUUGAAAAGUUGAGUCGUAACUUGGAGAAAUUGACAAUAAAUGACACAAAUUUGUUGGAGAUUUCGAAUCAAGAAAAUAUCUUUCAAAAAGUUGAAAUUCUUACUUUAGAAUAUUGCUUGGAUGUAACUCCUACAAAUUUUCUGAAUGAAUAUUCUCACUCAAUUUUUCCUAAUCUUGAUACAUUGAAAGUGUAUCUGAGUUCUUUUGAAACAUUGUUCCCCACUACUACGAGUUAUCUCAGUAUGCAAAUUUUAAAGCAAAAUAAGAAGACUUUCCAUUGGACCAUCCUCUGUUACAAGAUCUGCAUGAAUUAUUUGUAA